AUGUCUUUGUCGACUGGUUUGCGAUCAAUGGUUGCACAAGGAGCUUGUAUGUACACCCAAAGUCGAGGUGUGGUACAUACCCCAGGCUUGCUUGGCUAUCUUCAAUCUGACGACCGUCCACAUCGACCCAAGCCUUCCGUUCACAUCAUACCUCCUCCUGGAACCCGACCCUUUAUAAAUUCUGCUCCAGAACUUCAGUUGAUUUAUCGCACUUCUAGUCUAUAUAUUCCUUCGACUCGUGAGAGCGCGACACCGAAAAGAUGGAUACGCAAUUUGAGGAUCCAAGAGAGGGGGCCCAAAUGGAUGUGGUCAUUCACCUUCACGACACACUUCUCGGGUGACUCUGGGGUAUGUUUAGUACCUCUUGCCAUGUCUACGCAGUAUCGUCUCAUCAUCUCACGGCGUCCACAGCUAGCCAAAUGUACUUCAUUGGCGAUCAAGCCCUUCAUCAAGUCUAUUUCUUCGCAAGACAUUAAACAACAGGCAACGUUGUCUAAAUGGAUAGACGAGUACAUCCUUGGAUGCACCAAAGGAUAA